CUCUCUCUCUCUCUCUCUCUCUCUCUCAUAUCGGAGGGUGUAGAGGCUUUUUGCUGUAUGUUAACCGAUUGGUUGUUUUUUAAUUGUGUGCGCCCUGAACGGUGGAAUAGUCUAUUUCUCGUCCUCACGCGCAUCUGGACGCGACUCUCCCCGCGUCAAACCCGAUCAUGAGGUCUCCGGGGCUAUUCUUCGGUCUACGGAGCUGCUGGGUCACCGACGGGAUCCGGUAAUACGAACACCCCCAUCCCACUCCACACCCACGCGGACAGAAUCUGGGUUUUGCGCACUUGGCGCUGCUGCAUUCGCUCCGCCGCGCGCGCACCGGUUCCGCGAUGGUUCUGAGCCGCCUGCGCGUCUGAUGACUCCGCCAGCACCGGCAGCAGCAUGUCCUCGCGGAAGAUCUCCUCCGAAUCCUUCAGCUCCAUGGGCUCGGACUACCUGGAGAGCCCCGGGGAGGACGGAGAGUGCCCGUUCUCGCGCGUCUUCUGGAACGGCAGGAGCCCCGUGGAGACGCUCUCGUGUCCGUUCGAGGACGCGGCCGUCAGCAGGAGGCUCGCCCGGCGUAAACGCGUCAAUCUGGACUCGCUCGGAGAGAGUUUGAGACGCCUCACCUCACCGACGACCCAGACAAUUCAGCUGGCCCUGCAGAGAACAGUGGAGUUUUACAGACAGAGGGAAAUCAGUGGACAGGAUUUUGUGCGAAGCGUGUCAGAUGAGCAGAAGUGUUUGUUCGAGAACUCCCGCUGUGACAGCCAGACCGACAUCUCAGGAAUACUGAAAUACACAGCAACUAUUUUAGGCGUGGAUUUUGCCGACAUCCGCGGCCGGUUUGGGGAGGAGUUCUUUGGUUUGUGUCUGGAGGAGAACGAGAGGGUCCUUCGAGCUCUCGGGGGAAACCUGCAGGACUUCUUUAACGGUUUCGACGCACUUCUAGAACACAUCAGAACGUCCUGUGGCCGGCGGGCGUCGUCCGAGGCUCCUUCUUUCCUAUGCAAAGACGCUCCUCAGGAGAGCGAAGAGAAGAACGCCGAAAGCGACGUGGGACGGACUCUCCUCCUCCACUGCUUCAACCCCGAUCCGACGGUGGGCGUGGCCAUGCCGGGUUUAAUCCGGGCCGCCGCCCGCCGCAUCUACCAAUCAGACGUUUCGGUGGAGGAAGCUCCUCCCACGUGGCUGCACACGGCCAAUGAGGACGGCGAGCUCUCGACGGACUCCUCCCCCUCUUCAUCCCCGUCUCCGCCCUCGACUUCGUCCCCCGCCUGCUUGUCCUUCCUCAUUCGAGAGGUUCGGACUCAGCCCGCGUCCUCGCCGCCGCACGCCGCCGCGUCUCGCCAGCUGUCGCGCUCGCCGCUGGAUUUGCGCAUCGGCCUGAGCACGUUUUGCCGGGCCUUCCCCUUUCACCUGGUUCUGGGACCCAACAUGGAGGUCCUGCAGGUCGGGGAGGGGCUUCGGAAACAGGCCAAGAGCGACCCGCACCGGACGCUCGCCUUCAGCCACAGCUUUGAGCUGGUUUCUCCCAGAAUCCCUUGCUCCUUCCAGAACAUUCUACUCCGGCUGUCCACGCCGUUCACCAUUCGUACGCGACCGGACGGGUCGGCACUCGACAGCAGAGAGAAGGCGAUGGAGCUCAAAGGUCAGAUGCUUCACCUCCCAGAAUCCAACUCCAUCAUGUUUCUGGGCUCGCCGCGUGUCGAUAGGCUGGAGGAGCUCAUGGGGCGGGGCUUACAUCUGUCUGACAUCCCUAUUCAUGACGCCACACGUGAUGUCAUUCUGGUUGGAGAACAGGCCAAAGCUCAGGAUGGGCUGAAGAAGCGCAUGGAUAAACUCAAAGCCACCCUUGAGAAAACCCAUCAGGCUUUAGAGGAGGAGAAGCGGAGAACCGUCGACCUGCUCUACUCCAUCUUUCCCGGCGAUGUUGCUCAGAGACUUUGGCAGGGCCUUCCGGUCCAGGCCAAGAAGUUUGAUGACGUCACCAUGCUGUUCUCUGACAUCGUGGGCUUCACGGCCGUGUGUGCGCAGUGCACGCCAAUGCAGGUCAUCAGCAUGCUGAACGAGCUCUACACGCGCUUCGACUACCAGUGCGGCAUCCUGGACGUCUAUAAGAUCGAGACGAUCGGCGAUGCGUACUGCGUGGCAGGCGGGCUCCACAGGAAGAUCGACAGCCACGCUAAGCCAAUCGCGCUCAUGGCGCUGAAGAUGAUAGAGCUGUCGGAGGAAGUGCUGACGCCUGACGGGAAGCCAAUCAAGCUGAGGAUCGGGAUCCACUCGGGCUCGGUGCUGGCUGGAGUCGUCGGAGUGAAGAUGCCACGCUACUGUCUGUUUGGAAACAACGUCACGCUGGCCAGCAAGUUUGAGUCGGGCAGUCACCCUCGCUGCAUCAACGUCAGCCCUACUACAUACCAACUCCUGCGUGACGAGCGCGCGUUCACCUUCAUCCCUCGCUCCCGGCAGGAGCUUCCCGACAACUUCCCCAAAGAAAUCCCGGGAAUCUGCUAUUUCCUGGAGGCGGGGAAAACCCAAAGCCACGCCUCUCUCACCAGCACUCGCUCCGCACCCAUCCGGAAAGUGUCCUACAACAUUGGGACCAUGUUUCUACGGGAGACUAGCCUCUGAGACGGCCCCGCCCAUUCGCUAUGACAUCACGUCCUGUAGACUAGUGUUGCCUGUGGCAACUGGUGGCCCCGCCUCUUGACCGGAUAGUCGCCUCAGAGGCAUGACACGGAGGGGGCGGAGAGGACGGCCCCGCCCCUGGCCCCGCCCUUUAAAGGAGCCAUGGAUAAUUGUGUUCUGAAAAUACAAUAAAACAAAUAUAUAUAUAUAUACAUAGAUAUAUAUUUAAAAUAAAGCCUUCUGCUCAAUGGCAUAGCCAACCUUUCAUGGUGUACACAUGCAAAUACUACAGACAAACUCAUGUAAACACACACAUUUCUUGCUGCAUUGCAGGUAAUAGAUUUAACAUGCAUAACUUUGGUGCCUUUACCUCCCAUACACAUACAUGAACACACACACACACACACACACACACCACAAACAUGCAUUUAUCUUUGCCAUUUUAAGCGCUGCCAUUAACCACUGUUAAAUCCUUUGUGUGUGUGUGUGAGUGAGAGAAUCCUCUAUUAACCAUUGUUAGAUCCUUUGUGUUUGUGUGUGUGUGUGUGUGUGUGUGUGUGUGUGUGUUCUACCAUUAACUGCUGUAAGAUUGUGUGUUUGGCCUUCAGUUUGUGUGCAGUGUGUGAAUUUGCGUAAAGACCGAGGCUGUUUCGCUCUUCUCACAUCUCCGGCAUGUUUUUAUUUUGGCUCCCAUAUUCGUAGCAGAAAAUAAACUGCGAGAAAGUGCAGAAUAUUCACAGUAAUUGACCCCAAAAUAAAAAAAUGUGCUGAAAACGUGCUCGGCCUCAAGCACUUCAAGAUGUAGAUGAAGUUGUUUCUUCAGAGAAGUGCAGCACCGAUCGGCGUCUCAGCGAUGUAUGCUCUGCAGCGGAUGGGUGCCGUCAGAACGAGAGUCCAAACAGAUGAUAAAAACAUCACAAUAAUCCACAGCACUCCUGCCAGUCGGUUAAGUGAAUAAUUGUCUGCUGUAAACCGCUUGUAAUUGCUUGAUGUGUCCAGAUUUCAGACCAGAUAACGUUUUAUAGAUAAUGUUUGUUUUUUUUGCGGCAAAGUAGUUUUUUAUCUUCUCCAGAUGUUAACUGUGUUGGAUAGGAGUGCUGAUGUUUUUUUUAUCAUCUUUCAUUCUGACGGCACCCAUUCACUGCAGUGCAUCCAUUACCGAGCGAGUGAAACAAUACUACAUUUCUCCAAAUCCGAUCCAAAACUCAUCUACAUCUUUAACGUCUUAAGGGUGAGUACAUUAUCGCCAGAUUUCAGCUGAGCUAUUUGUUACUCAACAUUAUAAUUUGCAAUACAAGUGGUUUUUUUGUUAGCUUUUUUUUGCAAAAAAACCAAAACUACAUGUCCGUCGGACCUGACGCAAGUUUCAAUGCCGUGAAAUGUACACAGAUAUUUUUUGUCCAUUAAAUUUGUACCGAAUCUCAAUAACAGAUGCACUUCGGGAACCGUGUGGAUCAGUGAUUAUUUGUAUGUGAAUGUGGUCGUCGUGCAAAACUUUAUAGAAGAUCUCAAUAAUCCAUUCUCAGUCACCAUUUAACAAUUCGUACGCCAUGCUGAAUGGAAAACGUGUAAGUCAGGACUCGCUUUUCUGCAGCGGAGAUGGCAGAUGUGUGAAACGCUGUGUGUGUGUGUGUGUGUGUGAGUGUGUGUGUGUGUGUGUGUGUGUGUGUGUGUGUGUGUGUGUGUGUGUGUGUGUGUGUGUGUGUGUGUGUGUGUGUGUGUGUGUGUGUGUGUGAGUGUGAGUGUGUGUGUGUGUGUGUGUGUGUGUGUGUGUGUGUGUGUGCGCUUGAGGUCACAGGAAGGUACAUGAUAAUGUCAUGAAUUUCAGUCACAUUUGAUUCAAGAUCACAUCCUGGCGUGUCGGUCAUUUUUAUCAGGAUGCCAAUAAAAUUGAUUCAUUGAAGUUU